AUGCGUCAGGAUCUCAUGGAAAAAGGCAACAUGGCCAGACCAACAGAAAUGAACCUCAGCCAAGUUGACCCAACAGAUGAACCUCCCCUGCGUUGGGGCCUUGCUAGCAUCAUCUUGGUAUCCUUCCUGGUGGGCGCAGCCAUGAAUGGGCACAUCUUCUGGUUACUUUGUGUGAAGAUGAAGAGGACAGUGAAUACCAUCUGGUUCCUCCACCUCACUCUGUCCUACUUGGUUUCUUGUUCCUGUCUGCCUUUUUUUGUUGUCCAGGAUGUCCUCAAUUUCCGCUGGGUCUUUGGCCCAUUCUUGUGCAGGGCGGUCAACUUCUGCAUUGCUGUAGGUAUGCUCACCCCAGUCUUUUUGCUCACCAUCAUCAGCCUGGACCGCUACUUGAUAACCUGCCAUCCGGUUUGGUCCCGACGGAACCGCACAAAACCCCGAGCAAGGAGAGUGCUUGCAGGAGUAUGGACCCUUUCCGUGGUCAUGUCCAUUCCCUAUCUGGUUUCCUAUGUGAUUCAAGGUGACAAAAAAGAGGUUUGCAUGAAAAAUUUUGCUUUCUUUAUCAUCGAGGAUAAGGACAAAGCAGAGGCUCUGCACUACAAAAUUGAUUUGGCAGUCUUUGUGGUUCGGCUUCUGCUCACCUUCUUGUUCCCCUUCUUCAUCAUUGUGGGCUGCUAUCAUUGGAUGUGUCAGGAAAUAAAGAAGAAAAAACUGGCGAGGAGGGCUGGGAAGCCUUUCCAAGUCCUUGUGGUUUCUGUGGCAUGCUUCUUCAUCUUCAGGCUUCCCUUCUACCUCUAUUAUGCUCUCUCGCUGCUUCAUAAAGACCCGAGAACAGUAGAAGUCCUGCGGAUCAUUUUCAGCAUUAGCCUCUGUUUGAAUAUCUGCCUCACCCCAAUUCUCUAUCUCUUCGUUGGGGAGAAAUUCAAGCAAGUUUUCAGGACAUCCACUGUUGUUUUGCUAAAGAAAGGUUUCAUCAUGCCGAUAGAGGAUACAAAUGCUGGCGAAGAGUCCGGCCACAUGAAUGAUGGCAGCAGCAUGCAGAUGAUGCCAGUUCAAUGGAAUAAUCUAGCAUCUCCUUGA